AUGAAGGCUUUUAAUUUUUCUGACGCAUCAAAUGAUUCCAAUGAAAAUCUUGUAUGUGAAAGCAACGAAAACAUAACCAAAAAACAAUUCUUAGAAGCAGAUAAGGUGGAGCCAAAUCCUGAAUCUCAAAAACAUUCAAAGCAUAUGUACAUAAGUAAACGUAUCGAUGUAGAAGAGGUCACUAAAAAGAUUUCAAAAAUUAGCGAUCUACUGGAUAGUGAAAUUUCUGACAGCACAAAAAUACCUAUAAGUAAAUUGAUUGAUCUUGUUGAGAUUACUGAAGAUUACUGCUAA